CUUGUCAUCGCCGCCGAAGCCGAAUAUAAUUUGUAAUUAUUUGCAGUAUUUUACUUUAAAGUCGAAAAUAUUUCAACUAUAAUAAUUUUACGCAUUUAAAGGAAGUCUUAUACAAAAAACCUGCAGAACGCGAUUAACCAUGAGUUCUAUUGGAACUGGAUAUGAUCUGUCCGCCUCGCAAUUCUCGCCAGACGGCAGAGUAUUUCAAGUAGAAUACGCAGCAAAAGCCGUAGAGAACUCUGGUACAGUGAUCGCUCUCAGAGGAAAGGAUGGAGUAGUGUUUGCGGUUGAAAAGCUAGUUACUUCAAAGUUGUAUGAACCGGGUGCGAACAAGAGGAUCUUCCACGCUGAUCAACAUGUGGGCAUUGCUGUGUCCGGGCUCAUUUCCGAUGCCAGACAAAUUGUGGAGACUGCUCGCAGCGAAGCCUCCAGCUACAGGAACCAGUAUGGAAUCCCGGUGCCUCUCAAGUACUUGAAUGAGCGAGUGUCCAUGUACAUGCACGCUUACACAUUGUACAGUGCUGUUCGCCCAUAUGGAUGCUCCAUUGUGAUGGGAACCUGGUCGGAACAUAACGGACCUGAAAUGAACAUGCUUGACCCUAGCGGAGUGUCUUUUUCAUACUUCGGCUGUGCAGUGGGGAAAGCAAAGCAGGCGGCAAAAACUGAAAUUGAAAAGCUCAAGUUAGCAGAUUUGACAGUUAAAGAACUUGUCAAAGAAGCAGCUAGGAUCAUCUACCUCGUCCACGACGAGCUAAAAGACAAGCAGUUCGAGCUGGAGCUCUCGUGGGUCAGCAAGGACACGAAGGGCAGACACGAACUGGUGCCUCGUGAGGUCGCCGCGGAGGCCGAGAACACCGCGAAGCAGGCGCUGGCCGAUAUCGAGGACUCGGACGAGGGAGACAUGUAACGCGGUUAGAUUAUACGUUUUUAAUACUA